AUCAUUCUACCUCAGCAGACGACUGAAGAAACGACCAUCGCAACCAUCUUGACCGAUAAAGGGUUAACGGCAUUUAAAAUUCCUUAUAUUUCUGACAUACUUAAACAGGUAUUACAAUAGUGUGAAUGUUUAAUAAAGCGAUAGACACGAUGGAUAAGAUCAACGCUAUUUUGCUUUCAAAUGAACAAUACAUGCCGAUACUUGGUUUUGGCACCUGGCGGGCCAGUGAAGAGGAACUUAUGACGACAUUGGAUAUUGCUUUAGAAGCAGGAUAUAGACAUAUUGAUACAGCACCAGUAUACUUCAAUGAAAAAGCAAUCGGUAAAGUUCUUAAAAAAUGGUUCGAUUCUGGAAAACUUAAACGAUCAGACAUAUUUAUUGCUACAAAGCUUCCUCCAACGGGAAACAGACCAGAAUGCGUUGAAAGAUGGAUCAAAAAGUCUUUGGAAGAUUUGCAACUAGAUUAUCUGGAUCUUUAUUUAAUUCAUACUCCAUUUGCUUUUAAGGAAGUUGGGGAUGAUUUACACCCUUGUGAUAAAGAUGGACAAAUUAUGUUUGAUCCAACCACUGAUCACGUUAAAGUUUGGGCUGAAAUGGAGAAACAAGUAGAAUGUGGACGCGCUAAAGCAAUCGGAUUGUCGAAUUUUAAUAUCAAACAGAUUGAACGAGUUUUAAAGAGUGCAAAAGUAAACAUUUCAAUGUUGCAGAUUGAGUUGCAUAUUUAUUUUCAACAACAAGAAUUAGUAAAUUAUUGCAAAAGUAAAAAGAUCGCGAUAACAGCUUAUUCUCCACUUGGAUCACGCAGUUUCGUAAAAGCGACGAACAAAACAGAAGAAAUUCCUGAUAUGCUCCAGAGUGACGUAGUAUUAGAAAUAGCAAAGCGUUAUAAUAAAUCACCCGCACAGAUUUUAUUACGAUACAUUAUACAAAACGGAAUUGCAGUUAUUCCAAAAAGUACUAAUCUCCAGAGAAUUAAAGAAAAUACCCAGUUAUUUGAUUGGAAACUUGAACCACAAGAUAUGAAAAAAUUAAAAAAUCUUGAUCGUGGGGAAUCGGGCAGGAUUUGUGAUUUUGGUUUCUUUAAAGGGAUUCGACGUCAUCCAGAAUUUCCCUUCUGAACAUUUUAUGAGAUAAUUUAAUAUAUUGUUGUUACUAAAAAUAUAUGUAUUACA